GUGCCGGGGUUUUUGUGAGGAUGGAGAUGACGUGAGUGUAUGCGGCACACAGAGUUGCUCGAUGUGCACUGUCUUCUGCUCUUAGAAGCCAGUGAGACCUGCAAUAUAUCAGACAGAGGCCACUCCACUAGCUGAGGUUCAUCAGUUUGGGUCCAGAGGGACGAUGACAUGGAACGGAACCACAGCUGACCCAUAAUGGACAUUAAGAUUUCUUUAUAGGGUUUAGCUGAUUGCUAAAGUCAUGUUUUAGCUGGGGUGAAGAUUAUUGCCUUUGGGCAGUCCUUCUAAACUGGAGUAUAAAAGGCCUUCACAUUACCUUUUAAGGGUUCCGAAAUCAGAGAUCUUGAGAUUAAAAAUGGCAGGAAAAUCAUCGCUUUUUAAAGUAAUUCUCCUUGGAGAUGGUGGAGUUGGGAAGAGUUCUCUAAUGAACCGAUAUGUGACUAAUAAGUUUGAUGCCCAGCUCUUCCAUACAAUAGGUGUGGAAUUUUUAAAUAAAGAUCUGGAGGUGGAUGGACAUUUUGUUACCAUGCAGAUUUGGGACACGGCCGGGCAAGAGCGGUUCAGAAGCCUGAGGACGCCAUUUUACAGGGGUUCUGACUGUUGCCUGCUCACUUUUAGCGUCGAUGAUUCUCAAAGCUUCCAGAAUUUGAGUAACUGGAAGAAAGAAUUCAUAUAUUACGCGGAUGUGAAAGAGCCCGAAAGCUUUCCUUUUGUGAUUUUGGGUAACAAGGUUGACAUCAGCGAGCGGCAGGUGUCUGCAGAAGAAGCUCAAGCCUGGUGCAGGGACAACGGCGACUAUCCUUACUUUGAAACGAGCGCGAAAGAUGCCACGAAUGUCGCAGCGGCCUUUGAGGAAGCAGUUCGAAGAGUGCUUGCUACCGAGGAUAGGUCAGAUCACUUGAUUCAGACAGACACAGUCAGCCUGCACCGAAAGCCCAAGCCCAGCUCAUCUUGCUGUUGAAGUUGGAGAGGUUGCCCGUGCGAUCUAACCAGCGCGCACACAUGCACAGAUAAGCACAGGGUGGAGACGAGAAUUCGUGUUUGCAGCAGUGGAUCAUGUACUCAUAAAAUUAAACUAACCGUAUUGCUGCCUUGUUAGUGGAUGGAAGAAGGGACACAUCCACUCACAGGAGAAUCUCUUUACUCAGUCAUGGCACCUUACAUUUACAAGCUGUAACGGUUGUCUAAUAAUGUUUAAUUUAAAUAUGUAUGUCACAGAGCUAAUAAAUGGGAUGACCAAGACCUUACAAUUAAAACAAAACACUUGAGUAUUCUAGAAGUUACUGUUUUUUCCCCGGGAAAAUGGAGAACUGCUUUUUCUAUGUGUAUAUUUUUAUGUAAUUAGCACUCUGUUCCUGGUUCAGGGAAAACAUGUCCUAAAGCGAUAAUGUUAGAUAUUAAAGAUUAAAAUCCAGUGCA